UCUCUCUGACCUUACAGCGACACAAGUUUACGAUUCAUCAAACCGAGCACAUCAGAUGUAGAGAGGACGAGUGGUGUAUCUAUCUAUUAGUCAAAGACCUGAGUGAGAUAGUACAGACUCUUGAGCCAGCCGUCAAAGUCAAGCCGAGCAGAGUUACAAAUCACUUGGCAGUUGCCCUCAACUCAACCAGAAGUCAAACAAGGUCCUCGAGACAAAUGAGCUCGUAUUUCGCACAUCCGAUGGCUGGUGCCGAAUUCCACCACAGCGGUGGCUCAAAUUACCCUCAGCAAUCGGUAGGGAGCUACGCUUUGACCGCCGAAGGGCCACAGCACUCCUCCCAUCGCCACCAGCAUUAUCAGGCGGGCAACCCAGUAGCUAGCCCACCGGCCAGCUACGCCUACCCCUACACCGAGGAUAGCCUUCACUCCCUUCAAAACGGCUACUACACCAUGGAAGGGGCUACCGGCAUGGAUGCCACCACAGCGAUAAACCACCAUCAUGCCGCAUCAGGGAACUCCACUUGUGGGUAUACGGUAGACCCCUGCUACCAGACAUCACCGGCCAGUAUGGGGGCAAUGUCGCGCAGAAAGACACCCACUAACACCCCUCCAGUUACCCUCUCGGACUGUGCAUCAAAUGCAAGUCCUCCGACGAACAUCAACAACAACAAUAACAAUCACCAUGGCUCAAUAAAAGGCUCGGGGAAGGGGCAAAGCAACGAACAAAUCUACCCUUGGAUGCGACGUAUACACUCCACAACAGCAGCGGCGGCGGUGAACGGUACAGAGCCCAGUAAACGAUCUCGCACAGCCUACACCCGUUACCAGACGCUUGAACUUGAGAAGGAAUUCCAUUUCAACAGGUACCUCACACGUCGACGUCGAAUCGAAAUCGCACACGCACUCGGUCUGACGGAACGACAAAUCAAAAUCUGGUUCCAGAAUAGGAGGAUGAAGUGGAAAAAAGAGCACAAUGUCAAGAGUAUCUCACAGCUGAUCAGCCAAGAGGCAGCAGCAAACCUCGCCGGUGCGACGGUGACGCCGCCCUCGGGUAUGCGCUGA